UCCGCCAUUACUUCGAAGUUCUUAACCGCACUUUUUGCGGUAUUUUCGUUGUGUAAUUUUUCUUAGGUGAAAACAUAAUUUCCCACAAGAAAUGAAGAGGAUUUUCACGAAAAAUACCAAGGAGUACACUUCCUUUCUUUCACGGAUGUGGUCAGGAACAAGUGGGGUGAAUCCAGUAAAGUUCACAGAGAGUGAUUUGAAGAAAACUCUCAGCCAGAAAUUUCCAGCUGCUGAGGAAAUAGCCGUUGAGGAUAUUUCCGGAGGUUGUGGAGCUAUGUUUGAAAUUUUCGUUCGUUCAAAGGAAUUCAAGGGACUCACAACCGUUAAGCAGCACCGACUAAUAACUGAGACACUCAAGGAACAAAUUAAGGAUAUGCACGGAUUGAGAAUUCAUACGGAAAUUCCGUCAAAAUGAGGGAAAACUCCCGGAAAAAUUUCUCAUCAGUUUUAACUGUAUAAUGUAAGUUUUUUGUACAAAAUGGGAGGGAAUUUUAAGAGGAAACUUAGAAUAUAGACUUACCAAAUAAAUGGAGAAAUUUAUCAACUGCUAAACUAAAA